UUCACUCAGUCGCUGUAGCGGCGUCGCGGGGUUACGUCGUGCCUGACCCACGCGGGAUUAUCCUCUACUUUUAGCAACUUCACUAAUGAGGUUCUAAUUGGAAAAGUUUCUUUCGGUCACCUUCUUGUCUGUUAACAGCUCCCGAAACUUGUGACGGUUAUUAAGAAGAAGUUGCGUAAAUAUUGCCGAAGUUUGAAGUGGUAGUAACAUAACUUUAGUUUAUUGCUGUGAUAAGAUUAACUUAGCGUUCUUGAGUUACGCGGUUUAUUUUGUAACUGAGUGACAGUUUGGUUUUUGAAAGCAAAUGAGAGUUUAAAAGUUAAGGGUAGUUAAACAAAUAAUGGCGCUCAGUUCUUUGACGCCGUCAAGCAUGCUGGGCGAGUUGGGUCGCCUGGCCAGCUGGUUGAAAGGCGACUGCAUCUCCGCUGAAGAAUACGCUGGAUUAGCAGUUACAGAAAAGUUGGAGAACGUGCAGCUCCUGGACAAAUACAACCUGCGGAACCCGUCGAAGGGCACGCUGUACUUCGCCACCACACACCUCAUAUUCGUCGACCAUGAGAUGAGGAAGGAGACAUGGAUACUCCUGAUGCACAUAUCAUCAGUGGAGCGACUGCCGAUCACCACAACUGGUUCGCCACUCCUGGUCCGCACCAAGACGUUCCAGUCUGUGUUCUUCGUCAUCCCACGGGAGCGGGACUGCCAUGAAAUGCACCAGACGCUUCUCAGGCUGAGUCAACCAGUUCACAUAGACGAGCUGUACUGUUUCCACUACAAGUCCACUCCAGACGACCUCCCGAAGUCGGCCGGGUGGAACUUCUUCGACAUACAGACGGAGUUCCAGAGGAUGAACGUCCCCAACGAGCAAUGGGUUCUGUGCACAGCAAAUAAGGAUUACGAGCUGUGUGAUACAUAUCCCAGUGAGAUCUACGUACCCGCGCGCGCGUCGACCGCCGUAUUGCUGGGCAGCGCCAGCUUCAGAUCCCGCGGCCGGCUGCCGGCGCUGGCGUAUCUGCACCACAACAAAGCGGCCAUCGCGCGCUGCAGCCAGCCUCUAAGCGGGUUCUCUGCUAGAUGCAUGGAAGACGAACAGAUGCUGGACUUGAUCCGGCGAGCGAACCCCAACUGUGGUUAUAUGUAUGUCGUCGACACACGACCGAGGAUAAACGCAAUGGUGAACCGGGCAGCGGGGAAAGGCUACGAGAACGAGGCGUUCUACGAAAACAUCAAGUUCCAAUUCAUGGGCAUAGGCAACAUCCACGUGAUGCGCAAGAGUUUGCAGAAACUAGUUGAGACUUGUGAACAAAACAGUCCGACCAUGUCUUCGUUCCUCAAUGGCUUAGAGUCCUCGGGGUGGCUAAAACACAUAAAGUCGAUUCUAGACACGUCUUGGUGGAUCGCGUGCGCAAUAGAGUCGGGCGUCAGUGUGUGCGUUCACUGCAGCGACGGCUGGGACCGCACGGCGCAAGUGUGUUCCUUAGCGGCGCUGUGCCUCGAGCCGCACUACCGCACCAUCAACGGCUUCCAGGCGCUAAUCGAGAAGGACUGGCUGUCAUUCGGGCACAAGUUCACGGCGCGCUGCGGGCACGUGGCGUGCGACGGACGCGAGCGCGCGCCUGUAUUCACGCAGCUACUGGAUUGCACGUGGCAGCUCACGCGGCAGCGGCCAGAGGCCUUCCAGUUCAACGAGCGAUUCCUGUUGACGCUCCACGACCACGCGCACGCGUGCCAAUACGGCACCUUCGUCGGGAACUGUCAAAAAGAUCGCCGGGACCUCAGGCUAUCGGAGAGAACGUUCUCGCUAUGGGGCUACAUGGCGAACCACCUCCACGAGUACAAGAAUCCGUUAUACAACCCCAAAGCUCACCCUGAUGUCUUAAAACCGGACCUUAGCGCGCAAAGCAUAAGGUUCUGGCGCGGCAUGUACUGCCGGCACGAGAGCGGCGUGCACCCGCGCGAGCCGCUGGGCGACCUGCUGCCCGCCGCCGUGGAGCACUGCUCCGCGCUCGAGCACCACAUCAGCUACCUGGCCAGGCACUCCAUAGCGUUCUACCACCACAUCAAUUACCUGGCGCGGGUGAGUGCUGGCUCCUGGUCUCGGCGCGAGCCGCUCGUUGACCUGCUGCCCGCCGCCGUGGAGCACUGCUCCGCGCUCGAGCACCACAUCAGCUACCUGGCGCGGGUGAGCAUAAUAAAGUCCGGUCGCCAUGCAGAUAGACCGUCCAAUGACCCCAAGCGCGGCUGUGCGACGGGCGGCCGCAUUGAAUUGCUGUACGAGUCUGGCGGCACUCUCUCCGAGCUGGAGUGCGCGAACCACGACCACCCGCUGAAGGACGUCUCCCUCACCAAGCCCUCCAAGAUCCCUCUCAUCACUGAGAGGGCGGACGACGGCAUUCCCGCCAGCCUGGCGGCUUUGGACGCGGAGGUGGGCAGCGUGGCGCUGGACUGGCGCAGCAUCAAGCACGUCACCGAGUGCUCCUGCUCCACGCCGCUCGACCACUUCAGCAGGAAGCACCACUGCUGGGGCUGCGGCCGCUGCGUGUGCACGCGCUGCGUGUGCGCGCGGGCGCCGCUCCCCGCGCUGGCCUCGCCCCGCGCGGCGCCGCUGUGUGCCGCGUGCGCGCCGCAACACGCCACACCCGCGCCAGAUAUAGUCACAACAGCAAACUAAGAUUCGAAUAUAGAAAAUCGUGUACAUAAUUAUGAAGAAACUUGCUUAUUCUACGGAUGUUUUUGAACAAAUGUUUGAAAAGAAUUCGUGUAAAAAUACGUCCUACAGUAAUGCAUUUACUGAUAAUCCAGCAUAUUAGUUCUUGCGAUUAAUACCAGUAAAUUGUAGACUUUAUUUUUAAUGAUUUCUCCAAAUAAAACUACUUUGAUGUUUUGUGUGUAUAUCUGCCACGAUUCUUCCAAAGAUUUUGCACAUAGCAACACAAUUUAUGACGUCAUGUCACUUGUUUGUCAAAUCAAUGGACCUCUAACUAAAAGUACUAAAAACUAAUUUAAGUGUAGUUACUGUGUUUUGGAACCAUUCUCUAAUGGACUCAGCCCCCCAAUUAGACAAUUGAAAUGUUGAGCCAAACUUUGACCUAAUCCAAUGUAGAAGCAUCAUAGCGCUGAGUGUGAGUUUACAUCAAACGUUCUCACUAGUGAGCGCGUUAAAGAAAUACAUAUGUAUAUGAAAAUUUUAGUUCUUGAAAGUUUCGGCUAGGGGCGCUGUACAAUCUUACGCAGUACAAUUUUACGCGGUCGACAUCGAAUGCAUUUGACGUAAACUCACACUACGCUAGACGUCGCGUCGUAGCCACUUAGAAUAAGGAUGCCAAAAUAUUGGAUAAUUUGUAUUCAGAUCAAUUUUGUGGUCUCUUUAUUGUAAAUAGAUUUUUGCUAUGUUUUUUUUUAAUUAGGACAUAAAUUAUGAUGCAAUAUUAUUCACAUACUUCGAUUAUCAUUUCUGUGGUGGUCAGUCAGUCAACUGCUGCAUUCAUUUGUAUUAAAGUUACGGCCAAACCAACGCGUGUAGCUCGCGUCAGCAAUGGCGAUCAUUGCGCGUGCAUAGAUCGCCGCGACCAAUGACGUUGAUGUGAACGCAUCGCUACAAAUUCAUACACGACGUCUGGAUCACCAUCGCGCACAGAGACUGCACGCGUUGGUUUGGCCGAACCUUAAAAAGAUAAAAAUGCGAACAUUUUCAAUAUAUUUUUUCUCAUUCCAUGUAAAUAUAAUUACGUUUAUGUACAUCGUAAGUUUUUUUAUCAUUUAAUAGAGACUAAGAUUGUUUUUUAUUUGUGAUAUUUAAUAAUAAAUAGCUUGAUUAAAAAAACUGGUAAUCACUCUGUAUAACAUUGCAAUGGUAGGAACUAGGAUUGAUAUAAAAAGACAUGACAAGUUUAUCUUACGGAAUUCGGCGGGGUAAGCAACUGGUUACUAAUUGAACAAUAGCAAUGCGACUGUUACUAAUGUAUGGAAACUAGCGCCAUCUGCAAUGAACGCGACGCUGUCAUUAAUUGGCGCUGCAGUCGCGUUGCUAUAGUACAUAGCAACCUGUUGCUAUGAUC